CUGCAGCUAACGCUCCGCUAGCCUCUCAGCUAACGUUAGCCUAACGUUAGCAUGUGGAUCCAACCAGAGCACUGAACUCCGGCUGGCAUAUAUAUUAGAAGGCUAAUUAAAGAAUCGGAAGCAGGUGUGCAGGUGGUUGUGGAACUGGUGAGAACACAUUAAAGGCUACUGCUUGUCGGAUGGAGAAUAACAGGAUCUAGAAAGAUGGGGGGGAUAUUUGAGUCCAUUGAAAGUGGCCCAUCAGGUGCCGAAGAACUAGCCUUUAAAUUUGCUUUAAACACAAUCAACAGGAACAGAACCCUACUGCCAAACACCACACUCACCUACGACAUCCAAAGGAUAAACAUCUAUGACAGCUUCGAAGCCUCCAGAAAAGCCUGUGACCAGCUUUCUCUGGGGGUGGCGGCCAUCUUUGGUCCCUCUCACAGUUCCUCUGCCAAUGCGGUCCAGUCCAUUUGCAACGCCUUGGGGGUGCCCCACAUCCAGACCAAGUGGAAGCACCAGGUAUCAGACAACAGAGAUGUCUUCUACGUCAGCCUCUAUCCAGACUUCUCCUCCCUCAGCCGGGCCAUCCUGGACCUGGUCCACUUCUUCAAGUGGAAGACGGUCACUGUGGUUUACGACGACAGCACUGGUCUGAUUCGGUUGCAAGAACUUAUAAAGGCACCGUCGCGGUACAAUAUCCGGUUAAAGAUCCGCCAGCUGCCUGCGGAGACUAAGGAUGCCAAACCGCUGUUAAAAGAGAUGAAGAGGGGAAAGGAGUUCCACAUCAUCUUCGACUGUGGCCACGAAAUGGCUGCUGGGAUCCUGAAGCAGGCUCUCGCCAUGGGGAUGAUGACAGAGUAUUAUCACUAUAUCUUCACCACACUGGAUCUGUUCGCCCUGGACGUGGAGCCUUACCGAUACAGUGGUGUGAACAUGACAGGCUUUAGGAUCCUCAACACUGAAAACAGCCAAGUGGCCUCCAUCAUAGAGAAAUGGUCCAUGGAGCGACUGCAGGCUCCACCCAAACCUGACUCUGGUCUACUGGACGGCUUCAUGACCACGGACGCCGCACUGAUGUACGAUGCCGUGCACGUGGUGGCCGUGGCUGUGCAGCAGUCUCAGCAGAUCACUGUCAGCUCAUUACAGUGCAACCGACACAAGCCCUGGCGCUUCGGGAACCGCUUCAUGGCCCUCAUCAAAGAGGCCCACUGGGAUGGCCUGACUGGGAGAAUCACUUUCAACCGGACCAAUGGCUUGAGGACAGACUUCGACCUGGAUGUCAUCAGUCUGAAGGAGGAGGGGCUAGAGAAGAUAGGCACCUGGGACCCUCCAAGUGGCCUGAACAUGACGGACAACCAGAAGGGGAAGACGACUAAUGUCUCUGAUUCCUUAUCCAACCGAUCGCUGAUUGUCUCCACCAUACUGGAGGAGCCAUAUGUGAUGUUCAAGAAGUCUGACAAGCCGCUGUAUGGGAACGACCGCUUUGAGGGCUACUGCAUAGACCUGCUGAGAGAGCUCGCCAACAUCCUGGGCUUCACCUAUGAGAUCCGCCUGGUGGAAGAUGGGAAAUACGGUGCCCAGGAUGAGAACACGGGCCAGUGGAAUGGCAUGGUCAAGGAGCUAAUGGACCACAGAGCUGAUCUGGCAGUGGCUCCCCUCGCCAUCACAUACGUGCGUGAAAAGGUUAUCGACUUCUCCAAGCCCUUCAUGACGCUGGGUAUAAGUAUACUGUACCGCAAGCCCAACGGGACCAACCCUGGGGUCUUCUCCUUCCUCAACCCUCUCUCGCCUGAUAUCUGGAUGUAUAUUCUGCUGGCUUACUUGGGUGUCAGUUGUGUGCUGUUUGUCAUAGCCAGGUUUAGUCCCUACGAGUGGUAUAACCCCCACCCUUGCAACCCUGACUCGGAUGUAGUGGAAAACAAUUUCACCCUGCUAAAUAGUUUCUGGUUCGGAGUUGGAGCUCUCAUGCAGCAAGGAUCUGAGCUCAUGCCAAAAGCCCUCUCCACCAGAAUUGUAGGAGGAAUCUGGUGGUUUUUCACGCUCAUCAUCAUCUCCUCCUACACGGCAAACCUGGCGGCCUUCCUCACUGUGGAGAGGAUGGAGUCGCCCAUCGACUCUGCUGACGACCUGGCCAAGCAGACGAAGAUAGAGUACGGAGUGGUAGAGGAUGGCUCCACCAUGAACUUCUUUAAGAAAACCAAGAUCUCUACGUAUGAUAAGAUGUGGGAGUUCAUGAGCAGUCGGAGGCACUCUGUGAUGGUGAAGAACAAUGAGGAGGGCAUUCACCGUGUGCUCACCUCAGACUACGCUUUCCUCAUGGAGUCCACCACCAUCGAGUUCGUCACGCAGCGCAACUGCAACCUCACCCAGAUCGGAGGCCUCAUUGACUCCAAAGCCUACGGGGUUGGCACCCCAAUGGGCUCUCCGUACAGAGAUAAGAUCACUAUUGCCAUACUGCAGCUUCAGGAGGAAGGGAAGCUGCACAUGAUGAAGGAGAAGUGGUGGAGAGGAAACGGCUGUCCGGAGGAGGAGAGUAAAGAGGCAAGCGCCCUUGGGGUGCAGAACAUCGGCGGGAUCUUCAUCGUCCUGGCUGCCGGACUCGUCCUCUCCGUUUUCGUGGCUGUGGGAGAGUUCCUCUACAAGUCCAAACAGAACGCACAACUUGAAAAGGCCCAAUGGCGACAACGAGAUAAGAAACGUGAGGAAUUCUGCUGUCACCAUGGAUCCAAGCUAGACUUUAACCACCAUCUCAAAUGACCUCAAGAAACACUCCAGAAACUUUUUUUCUAUUGUAAUCUAACAUGAUCUAAAACUGCCCAAAAAAAAUUAUUGAACUGUUUGUUUCUGACACUCCUGGGGGAAAUGGGUUCACUAAGAGCAGUUAAAUAAAAUGUUUGGGAGUGUUGGAAGUAAUACACAGUUGGAUCACAGGCACAUGUAUUGCAAAGGUUUGCUCUACUGCAUGACCCACGUCUUCAACAGUCACAUUCACUAACACAUACCUCCCCCCCUCCCCCCUCUUUCUGCUGUCCAUUUCCACUCUGCAAACUGCCAUCCUCCUUAUACUGCAACUAUUCUCACUCUUCAUAUCUGUGUAAAUAGCCUGUUUAGAUCAGUGCAAUAAUACAACACAGAUCUGUGUUGUUAGACUGGAACAUCCCAGCAAACAUUCUGACACUGAAUAGUUGCUGAUAAAACGCUCUGCACCUUCAGAGACAUACACAACACAUUAAUGAAAUAGUGAGAUUUUGCCAUAAAUGUAUGGACCUGGGGUAACUGUUAAGUGUCGACUCUGCAUAUUAUAACUUAUUGUGCUCAAGGUACAUCAGCUGUAAUAAAUGCUUCACUUUA